UGUGAAGAGGUGUUUUUUGAGAAAUUUUAAUAAUAUUUUUUUUAAUUUUUAAAUGUUCCAUUCUUGUAUGUAUGGGAAGAGACGUAUUCCCUGUUGCGAUAUUUUUCGUCCAACUUAUGUAAUGCUUAGAGGGAGAUGUUUUAGAAUGCGUGCUUUUGCCCAAACAGAGCCCGAUGAGGCUGGGAAAUUAACUUUGUUUUUUAAGGAGAUGUCAUCUAGUUAUCUGGCACGUCAAUUAAUUGUCUAUUUAUCUCAACAAUAUGAAGAUAUUCCAACUUUUCCGCGUUUUUAUUUAAAUAAUAAUUAUUGGUAUAGACUUAGAUUAAAGAAAAGGCACAUUUCUUUAUUAAAUCCAAAUCAACAUUGCUCUCCCGUUGAAAAAUAUAUUAAAAGAGGGAAUUGUUAUGUUGAUUCUUGGUUAAAGUAA